AUGAUGGAUUUUAACAUGGAAAAGCCAACUAAGAAAAGAGAUUGCAAAGAAGAUGAGCAUAGAAGUGGGAUUGAUAGUUUGCCUGAUGAAAUCGCGCUUGAUAUAUUUUCCAGGCUUUCGGUAACAUCUUUAAUGCAGUCCAGGUUUGUCUGCAGAUACUGGAAAAACUUUUCAUUUGAUCAGAAUCUCGUCAGCUUGCAUCUGUCUCAGGCUGGGAAACGCGAUCCCUUGCUCAUCUUUCACAGUGAUUUUCCUAUUCGAAACCAGCUUUGUUUUGCAGAGCUUUUUGGUACUGAUGCUGCUGCUGAAGGAAUUGUGAAGAAGAUUAGUACCCCGUUUUCUGCUUCUAUGCCAGAGUUUACUGUUGUCGGUUCUUGUAACGGAUUACUCUGUUUAUUCGAUUCCUUGUACAAAGAUGCUGUUUAUAUUUACAAUCCUUUCACUAGGGAUUACAAGGAGCUGCCAAAAACAAGGCAAUAUGAUGAAGAAACUGUUGUCUGUGGAUUCGGAUAUCAUCCUGAAACUAACCAGUACAAGGUUAUUAAGAUAGUCUACUACUGGAUCGUGAAUUUUGGAUAUCCCCGUGCUCGUAGUAGGAUCAGGACGUCGCAUAAUUCAAAAUCCGAAGUUUUUGUACUCAGUUUAGGAGGCAACGCGUGGAGAAAUAUUGGUGAAGCACCUUACUUUAUCCAAAGGAGGUCACAGGGAGCUCUUUUUACUUGCGGAAGGCUUCAUUGGCAGACUCGAGGGGGGUCCAAAAAUGUCCGCGGCUUAGUCAUUAUAUCAUUUGAUCUUGCAGAUGAAAAGUUUCAUGAGGUUCCUCGACCUGAUUUUAGUUGUGUUGCUGAUGGCCACACGUAUCACCUAGCUAAUCUAAAGGGAUGCCUUUCUGCAAUAGUAUACAAAUACGGAUCGAAAGAGCUGGAGAUAUGGGUUAUGAAAGAGUAUAAUGUACAAGAGUCUUGGAUCAAAGAGUUCAAAAUUGGAGCUAAUUUGCCAGAUUCACCCUCUACGAAUUUGCUGCAACCAGUACGGAUUUGGAGAAGCAGUGUACACAGGGCACUAGUUCGAAUUCUGUGCAUUUUAGAAAACGGCAAGAUCUUGAUGGAGUACAGUGCUGGAAAGUUGGCUUUGUAUGAUGUGCUAAGUGGAAGAUACAAAGACAUAACAUUCAAGGGAAUGCCGAGUGUUUUUCAGACUGUUGUUCAUGUAGGAAGCCUGAACCAGAUCGACGUCCCGAUUAUUGGUAAUAUGUAA